AUACAAUUAUAUCAUAUUAUAUCAUAUCAUAUCAAACAACAUCAAUAUAAUUUACAAUGUAUACUCUUAGCUAUGCAUCAAUUAUUUGUGCACUCUUAACCUUCCUAUGCAUCUUGAAUCAAAUUCAUCGUCAAAGAAGUUGUAGAUACCCUGUCUUUAUAGAUUAUCCUUUUAUUGGCAUGUUGUUACCUCUCAUUCAAAACAUGUGGCGAAUUCAUGAUUUCAUAACUGAGAGACUCAUACAACUCCAUAAAACUGCUGAAUUCAAGGGACCUUGGUUUACCAACAUGAAUUUUUUGAUGACUAGUGACCCUAUCAAUGUUCAUCACAUAAUGAGCAAGUCUUUUGACAACUAUGUCAAAGGUCCUGAAUUUUGUGAAAUUUUUGAACCAUUUGGUGAUGGAAUAUUUACUAGUGAUUCGGAUAAAUGGAAAUACCAUAGGUCUUUGUUGCACUCUGUUUUCAAACAGAGAGAGUUUGAAAUUUUGCAAGAGAAAAUCUUACACACAAAAUUGGAGACAAGCUUGCUUCCUAUGUUGGAUCAUGUGGAAAAACAAGGGUCAGUUUUGGAUCUACAAGAUGUCUUUAGUCGAUUAACAUUCGACAACAUUUGUUCCAUAACUAUUGGAUGUGAUCCUAAGUGUCUUUCAAUUGACUUCCCCUAUGUUGUUUGUGAAAAGGCUUUUGACCAAAUUGAAGAAGGUAUAUUCUAUAGACAUGUUACUCCAAAAUUUAUUUGGAAGUUGCAAAAAUUCCUUGGAAUUAGUCAUGAGAAAAAAAUGACCAAAGCAUGCAAAGAAUUUGAUCAAUUUAUAUAUGCAAGUAUAGAGUCCAAAAAAGAGGAGCUAAGAAAAGGUAGCAAAAAUAUUGAAUUGGUUGAUUUGUUAACACAUUUUAUGAGAAAAGAUAACGGAUCACAACAUAUAAUACAUGAUGACAAGUUUCUCAGAGAUAGUGCAUUCAAUCUAAUUGCGGCAGGAAGAGAUACUAUAACUUCGGGGCUUACAUGGUUUUUUUAUCUUGUUUCUACACACCCUUUAGUCGAAACUAAAAUACUUGAAGAGAUUAAAGAAAAUUUUAAGACUAUUAAUAUUGAAAAAAAGUUAAGUGGGAAUGAUUUGAAAAAAUUAGUUUAUCUUCAUGGUGCUAUAUGUGAGACUCUAAGGCUUUUUCCUCCUGUACCCUUUGAGAGAAAACAAGUAGUGAAAGGUGAUAUACUUCCAAGUGGACACAUUAUUGAUCCUAAUACAAUGGUACUAUUUUCUUUGUAUUUAAUGGGGAGAUUUGAAGAUAUAUGGGGAAAAGAUUGCUUGGAGUUCAAGCCAGAGAGAUGGAUAUCUGAAAGAGGAAAAAUUGUUCAUCAACCAUCUUACAAAUUCUCUAUUUUUAAUGCUGGACCUAGGACUUGUUUGGGUAAAGACUUUUCCUUCAUUCAACUUAAGAUGAUAGCAACUUCUAUUUUGUGCAACUAUCGUGUCCAUGUUGUUCAAGGUCAUAUUCCUACUCCAAGCCAUUCAAUUAUCCUUCAUAGCAAGAAUGGCUUGAAAGUUAGGAUUACAAAAAGACAAAAUUGAUGCAUGGAAGAUAUUAAUUUUACACCUAGAAACCAUUAAUAAUUGUCUUUGCUUGUUUGUGGGUAUUUUUAAUUUAUUAUUUAUAUAAUGUUAUUUAUUGUA